AUGGAGCUAUGGAUGAGGCUGAUUAAGAAAUCCCCUCAGGAGGAGGUUUACGUAGACCCGAAUCUUGAUCCUGUGCUUUUGGUGCCUGGAAUUGCCGGCUCCAUUCUCAAAGCCGUCGAUGAGAAAACGGGCAGAGAAGAACGAGUCUGGGUUCGGAUACUCGGGGCGGACCGUGAAUUUCGGACCAAGUUGGGUUCUUUCUUCGACCCUUCCACAGGUCAAACUGUGUCCAUAGAUUCGAAUUCCAACUGGAAGAUUGAGGUCCCGGAUGACCGGUUCGGGUUGUACGCCAUUGAUGUGUUGGAUCCCGACUUGGUUCUCGGGCGUGACAGUGUUUAUUACUUCCACGACAUGAUUGUUGAAAUGCUUCAAUGGGGUUUUAAAGAAGGAGAAACUCUGUUCGGGUUCGGUUAUGAUUUCCGGCAGAGUAACAGGUUUCAGGGCACUCUGGAUCGGCUCGCUGAGAAGCUGGAAGCAGUGUAUACUGCAUCGGGUGGGCGAAAAGUAAACAUAAUCAGCCAUUCUAUGGGGGGGUUACUUGUUAAAUGUUUCAUGUCUUUGCACAGUGAUUUGUUUGAGAAGUACGUGAAGGAUUGGAUCGCCAUAGCUGCACCAUUCAGGGGAGCUCCGGGAUAUGUUACUUCUGCUCUGUUGAACGGGGUGUCUUUCGUGGGUGGUUGGCAGCAGAAUUUCUUCGUAUCGAAAUGGAGCAUGCACCAAUUGCUGAUUGAAUGUCCAUCCAUGUAUGAACUAAUGGCUUGCCCAGACUUCAACUGGGAAAAUCCUCCGCUUUUACAAGUUUGGAGGAAGAAAUUAGCCCACGAUUUGGCCAACUUGGAGUCUUAUUUGCCAGGGGAAGCUCCAACCAUAUUUACAGAAGCACUUGCUUGCAACAAGGUAAGCUGUUGUGGAUUAAACAUUCCAUUACCAUUCAAUGUUGAUAUUCUGAACUGGGCUAACGAAACACGAAAAGUACUGAAUUCAGCUAAGGUUCCUGAGGGAGUGAAAUUCUACAACAUAUACGGAACUAACCUUGACACACCCCACAGUGUUUGUUAUGGAAAUCCGAAUUCCCCUGUUUCCGAUCUAAGCCGCUUACCAGUUCGUUUCCUUCCGAAUUAUGUUUAUGUUAAUGGCGAUGGUACUGUUCCAGCUGAGUCUGCAAUGGCUGAUGGGCUCAAUGCGGUUGCAAGAAUUGGAAUCCCAGCCGGAGAGCAUCGGGGAAUCCUCUGUAAUCGCCAUGUUUUUAGGAUUCUGAAACACUGGUUGAAAGCAGAUCAUGAUCCUUACUAUAAUCCGACGCAUGAUUUUGUUAUACUUCCAACUCAUUUUGAGCUUGAUCAAGAACAUGAGCAGGGAAUGAAAGUGGCUUCUUCCGUCCGCAGGGAUGAAUGGGAAAUUGUUGCAGAAGACACACAAGAAAGAGAAGAGAAUCAUGAUGAUACUUCUGAUGCAAAACAGCUACAUCAGGCCGGUUCGAUCUCUGUCACGUAUGUUAGAGAAAAUCUUGAGAGUUUCGGGAAGCUUAAGGUUUGA